GUCGCUGAGCGGAAGUGUCAUGGCGGCGUCGGCGCGCUGGAAUCACGUGUGGGUCGGCUCGGAGACCGGGAUCUUGAAGGGCGUGAACCUGGUCCGGAAGCAGGCGGUGAACUUCACGGAGGCGGCGGGCAGGCCGCGGCGCGAGGAGGAGGUGAGCGCGCUGUGCUGGGCGGACGCGGCCGAGAGCCAGAUCCUGAUCGGCUGUGCCAAUGGGACUGUCAAAUCCUUCAGCACAGAGGAGGGCAAGUUCCUGAGGAGCCGGUGCUGUCCAGGAGGAGAAGGAACUUUUCGGGGACUUGCGAAGCAUGAUGGCUGCCUCGUCACCUGUGUGGAGUCUGGAAUUCUCCGCGUCUGGCCUGAGGACUCCUCCGAACACAUCAAAGAGCUCAGCGUGGGCCCAAGUGUGUGCAGGAUGCGCCAGGACCCUGAUCGACCCCACAUAAUGGCCACAGGUGGGAAGGAGAACUCACUGAAGGUCUGGGACCUGCAGACAUCAUCCCGGGAGCCCGUAUUUAGGGCUAAGAAUGUACGCAAUGACUGGCUGAAUCUCCGGGUUCCCAUCUGGGACCAGGACAUCCAGUUCCUUUCAGGGUCACAGAAGAUCGUCACGUGCACUGGACAUCGCCAGGUCCGAGUGUAUGACCCAGCCUCCCCCCAGCGGCGGCCUGUGCUGGAAACCACCUAUGGAGAGUAUCCCCUGAUGGCAAUGACCCUCACUCCAGGGGGCAACUCUGUCGUGGUGGGGAACACCCAUGGGCAGCUAGCAGAAAUUGACCUUCGGCAAGGGCGCCUGGUGUGCUGCUUAAAGGGUCUGGCAGGCAGUGUUCGGGGGCUGCAGUGCCAUCCCACUCAGCCCAUUCUUGCCUCCUGUGGCCUGGACCGCGUUCUACGGGUACAUCGACUUCGGGAACCUCGAGGGCUGGAGCACAAGGUUUAUCUGAAGUCACGGCUGAACUGUCUCCUCUUGUCAGGGAGGGACAACUGGGAGGAUGAGCCCAGAGAUCCUGCCCCAGUGCCCUAUGAAGAAACAGAGACUGAUGAGUUGUGGGAUUCUCUGGUGCCGGUGGUUGCUGGAGCCAAGAGGAAACAGAGGCCUCUGGGGGCCCAGCCUGGGGGGAAGAAGCAACAGGCUUUGGGUGGCCCCUCACCUGUCUCCUCUUUGUAAAUAAAGUCGUCACCAUUCUUCUGUGA